AUGAAUCUCCCGAUGCUGACCUUCAUUAUUUGUGGGUUACUAACUCUGGUGACCAAAGCUGGCUGGGGAGUCCGGAGAUGUUGGAAGAACAAUAUAGGACACUGCAGACAAAAAUGUUUACAUGUUGAAAGGUACAAAGUUCUUUGUAUGAACAAGUUAUCAUGCUGCAUUCCCUUAACAAGUAGUGAAGAUUACAAUCCAUGGCCAGUACCUCCCCUAAUCCCUACAGAAGAAAUAACUGUUGAUUUUAAUACUGUGAAUUUUUUUCCUAAUUCCCCCAUAUCUAUGUUUGAUGAUGCGGUAUCCAUUAACACACUCGAGCCUGAAGAAAGCACAGUAACUGGGACCACUACUCACCAGACAAAAGUUUCUUCCCAGACUGUGGCACAUCUUCUUGAGAGCACUGAUGGUACAACUAACUAACGUUUCCUCCUGGGUAUGGGACACUGGAGAUGACCAUUGGGAAUAAUAUCCACGAGACAAUUCUACUGAUGUUAUUUCACUGGGACAAUUCUAUUGAGGAUUGGAUGACACGGAGAUGGACGUAACGCUACUGGCAAGACAAGAGCCAAGAGAGUUACCUUACAAUUAGAACUGUGUAAAGAAAAGUGUAAAGAAGAUACAAGGAUUCUCUUUAUUGGGCUUAAUUCUUUAUCUGUCUUCCUCUGAUGUAUUAAAAUGUAUGGUCUAAUAUUUGGUCUCAA